AUGGAGUGCAAAGACUGCGGUGCGGAACUCGGCAAGCGGUCUCGCGGUAUGAUUGACCUGGCGGACUUGCGGACCCCCCCGUGCGACGUAUGCUUCUCGCGCCAUGCCGACGAGAAGCCAAUCGCCGCGGAGCGAGCCGACGGAGCUCAUCACGUAGCUGCCCCGAGGGGGAGCAAGGCCAAGGAGCGUGUCGAUGCCAGCUCUAGCCUCGAUGCCGGAGGUGGUGAUGGGAUGCAACGCGCGGCCCGGUCUGAUGAAGCCGCCGGACCUGGUACUGACACGAGGCACGUCGGGGGACAGAGCGCGCGGGGCCCUGCUGGUGACGCUGUUUCGGUCGACUAUAGCCGUGACGUGGCGCUUGCGAUGGGCGAAGAAUGGAGUCUCUAUCUGGACAAUCCGCAGAGCGCACAGAGUUACAGCACAUACCCGAUGGAGACGGACGAGCUUACGACUCUUGAGCAGUUGGAAAAGGAGCUCGAUGGCUGGUACGAGUAG